CGAAUUCAUCUGAACUUUGAUGAAUGAAUCAUCGACCAAGCUUUAUCGCGGGUUCUUAGCUGAGGGUAAAAUGCGGAGUGGAUUGGCUCGAGAUUCGGAUUCCUUCCUCACUGGAUCUUAGAUAUUUGGAUUGAUCCAUCGAUCUAAUUCACCCACCGACCAGAAGGUUUGAGACUUUGAGGUUGAGAGACCUGAAGCAACUCUGUCAUGGGAGUUUCUGGGAAGUGGUUUAGGGCACUGAUUGGUCUAAAAAGAUCUGAGAAAUCAUAUGCCACUGGGUUGGAUGAAAAUAAAAGUGGAAGCACUAGAAAGUCUAGACAUGGGAGAAAGCAUUCUGUUGAGAUUGAUAGGGACCUACUUCAGAAUGAGUUCAGUCAUAUUGAUGAUGCUUCUAUAUCCAUUGAAGAUGCUAGCAUUUCAGUUCCUGAUGGUAUUGGCUCGCCUUCUUGCUCAUAUCAAGUGCAGGAUGCAGCUCAAAGUCAACUGAGCAUGAGAGAAGAAUGGGCUGCAAUACGUAUUCAAACUGCUUUUAGAGGAUUUCUGGCUAGGCGUGCUCUGCGGGCUUUAAAAGGAUUAGUGAGACUUCAAGCACUUGUGAGGGGUCAUGCCAUAAGAAAACAAGCUGCUACUACCCUUCGAUGUAUGCAAGCUCUUGUAAGAGUUCAAGCUCGUAUCCGAGCAAGGCGCGUUCGUAUUGCACUGGAGAGUCAAACAUCACAUCACAUACUUCAGCAGAAGCUAGAACAUGAAGCCCAUGUACGGGAAAUAGAAGAAGGGUGGUGUGACAGCAUUGGGUCUGUUGAAGAAAUUCAAACCAAACUCUUAAAGAGACAAGAGGCAGCAGCUAAGCGUGAGAGAGCAAUGGCAUAUGCCUUGGCUAACCAGUGGCAGGCAGGAUCUAAGAAGCAUGUCACUUCAGGCGGCUUUGAACCGGAUGAGAAUAGCUGGGGCUGGAACUGGUUGGAGAGAUGGAUGGCCGUACGUCCAUGGGAAAAUCGCUUUUUAGACAUGAAUAUCACAGAUGGAGUUAAGAUUCAUGCUGAUAAUGGAUCCGGUUAUAUGAAGAAUGGAAGAAAUAAACAGAUGAAAUCCUCCAUGAGCAAGAAACAGAUCUCUUCCUCCAUUUCAAAUGAAAUAAUUGGUCCAUCCCAUUCAAGCUCUAGCACAAACCUCUCAAAUGGAAAAAUGGUUGGAUCACAGUCCAAUGGAUGCAGCUCUGCAAGCACACAUGAAGCACUUUCCUCUUCAUGUGGCCCUCCAAACUCCAAACGAAAUCAAGAAAGUUUGAGUGAAGAAGUUAGUUCAAGACCUAGACUUGUCUCAAGGUCACACAGCAAUCCUAAAGAGAGGGUCACCGUUUCAGAUAAACAAGGAAAGAGAAGAUUGUCUCUGCCCAGUAGUGGCAAGGCCUUUGCUUUCGGAUCGUCUCAUGCUAGAUUCCUUUCUCGUCGGUCUACACCUCACUUCUGGGUCGGUCCCUCCUAAUCCUUUGAACACUGAUGUUUUAAUACUCCCUCCGUCCCGCUAUAUUCGUCUACUUUUGACUUUUGAAACUGUUCAUCUAAGCACUUUGACUCAUCAAAUUCUCUCAAUGUGUAAGUCUAAAUAUAGUCAUGUGUGAUCUUGUUUGAUUUGUCUUAACAUAUAGAUUAUUAAUAUAUAAUUUCUAUAAUUUUUUAAUAUACAAAUUACAAGAUAAAAUGGAUUAAAGAAGUGUAUUGGAU